AUGUGUUUAUUAUUGUAACGAACAUGCACAGUGAUUCUAAUAUAUAUUGUCAUAAAAUGUAGAAUAAAUAAACAAUAAAUUCUUUGAUAAAUAUAGUAUUUAGCUUUAGUAUCCACGUGUCACUAAUAAUUUUACAAUGCGCAUGAGUCCGAAACUGAUAAAAGGAUGCGGUAUAAACAAAAUUCCUUCAGUCACGCGGUAACAAUUGUCAGAAUAGCACUUUAAUCUAAUUUAUUUGAUGUGAAUUAAUUUGUAAUUAAUCGCGUAUUCUACAAAACACGAUGAAAAUAAAGGACUUAAUGAUCAUUAAAGAAAGAUUUACAUUCCCAUUAGUUUUAUUAUGGCUUAUCGCAUUUCCUGUUCGAGCAAUCGAACCAAAUGAAAUUCUCUUUAUCAUCCUGAGUCAACCAAAUUCUUAUAGUUCAAGUUUAGCUGAAAGUCUGCGAAAGGAUAUUUUAAGACAAGCCAUCGAUCUGAAUAAGACGCCGCCAAUAAUCCACCUUACACACCUGGAUUAUCCCGCAGCAUCUUCAUGGACCGUUCUACCUUUAUUGCCAACAAUUACUCAAACUUGUAACUUAUCCGUUGAAAGUACAAAGUAUAGAAAAAAACACUCAGAUCAAAAAUACGAAUUGGAGCAACCAAAACCUAAUAGAAAUAAAUUUAAUAAAGCAAACAUUAAUAUAUUGCAAAAAACCGAAAAAUAUUCCAAAAAUAAUGUGUCACAUUAUUUGGAUCCUAUUUUAAAAAUAUCCAAUUUUAAACGAAUACGGAAGAACAGGGAAAAAAAGGAAAGAAUCCGAAUUAAUUGGGUUUUUGUGUGUGAAGAUAGAACAUAUGUGAACUUGCUAAGACUAUUGGAUGUUUUAUCGAACAAAAAUUAUGAAGACGAUAUGUACCUGGGCCAUGCAUUGUACGAUAGAGAGGCAUCCAUCAUACAUCAUUUUGCUUUUAUGCAAGAUCCCACCGUGUUCAAAUACCCACACAUCGGAGCCGGCAUGGCUUUGUCGAGAAAACUUGUUAGCAGUAUAACCCGAAAAUUAUCUCUGCAUCCAAUCCAAAAUGACUUUUCGAUAGAUGCAUCCCAUGAAUUAAGUCUCUUUAUAUUGGAUAUAACGAAACUAAUACACGUGAAAGAAUUCUGCUCUGAGAAGAACGAAAUUGAAAACUGCGCAACUUUUCCUAGACCGUUCGAGACUUGUGGCCAUAUGGUUUCGCAAGCGGCACUAUAUUUUGCUGUGAAAACAUGCGAGAAGUUCCAUAAGGAGAGACUGCCGGUUGUAAAAAGCACGUGGGGAGAUAAAGCACAAAAUGUGAUAUACUUCAGCGAAAAGCAAGAUAACUCUAUACCCACCGUUGGCCUCGAUAUUCCCAACACAGAAGCUGGUCAUUGUUUGAAAACUAUGACAAUUUUCAGAAAAAUUUUAAGCGAGAUUAAAGAUGGGAAAAAGAAGUUUAUAAAGUGGAUUAUUUUAGCUGACGAUGAUACCAUAUUAAGUGUUUCAAGAAUGCGAGAGCUUUUAAGUUGCUACAAUCACACGAAGUCUUCAGUAAUAGGAGAAAGAUAUGGUUAUGUCUUACAUUCUAAGGAGGGUUAUAAUUAUAUAACAGGUGGCGGUGGAAUGGCUCUAACAGUUUCUUUAUUAGAGAAAAUUUUAAACAAAUGCAAAUGUCCUAGUCCAAAAAGUCCAGACGACAUGCUUCUUGGUUUGUGUCUCACCAGGUUAAAGGAUGUAGAAAUAAUUCACUCACCUUACUUUCAUCAGGCGAGGCCAGUCGACUAUGCUCCCGAAUAUUUAAAAAGUUCGCAGCAAAUAUCGUUUCACAAGCACUGGAUGAUAGAUCCUUUGAAAGUCUACGAGCAGUGGUUCCAAAACGCUGAUUUGCAAAUGAUCAAAGAGGACAGGACGCAUAUUGAAUUAUAGCGCGAACUGUGAAUAUGUGAUUAAUUG